AUGGCUGAGCCCCUAAAAGAGGAUGGUGGUGAAGAUGGUUCCGGGGAGCCCCCAGGGCAGGUGAAGGUGGAGUCUGCCAAUCCUGCAGCCUCGGUGACCGCCAAGAACCUCGCUCUGCUUAAAGCCCGCUCCUUUGAUGUCACCUUUGACGUAGGCGACGAGUAUGAGAUCAUCGAGACCAUAGGCAAUGGGGCCUAUGGGGUGGUGUCUUCUGCUCGCCGCCGCCACACUGGUCAGCAGGUGGCCAUCAAGAAGAUCCCUAAUGCCUUUGAUGUGGUGACCAAUGCCAAGCGAACCCUCCGGGAGCUGAAGAUCCUUAAACACUUCAAGCAUGACAACAUCAUUGCCAUUAAGGACAUCCUGAGGCCCAUGGUGCCCUAUGGCGAGUUCAAAUCUGUUUAUGUGGUCCUGGACCUGAUGGAGAGUGACCUGCACCAGAUUAUCCACUCUUCACAGCCACUCACUUUGGAGCAUGUGCGCUACUUCCUUUACCAGCUGCUUCGAGGCCUCAAGUACAUGCACUCAGCUCAGGUCAUCCACCGUGACCUCAAACCCUCAAACUUGUUAGUGAAUGAGAACUGUGAGCUCAAGAUUGGGGACUUUGGCAUGGCCCGUGGACUCUGCACAUCACCUGCUGAACACCAGUACUUCAUGACUGAGUAUGUGGCCACACGCUGGUACCGAGCCCCUGAGCUCAUGCUCUCGUUGCAUGAGUACACACAGGCUAUUGACCUGUGGUCUGUAGGCUGCAUUUUUGGUGAGAUGUUGGCCCGACGCCAGCUCUUUCCGGGUAAAAAUUACGUGCACCAGCUACAGUUGAUCAUGAUGGUGCUAGGUACUCCAUCACCAGCUGUGAUUCAGGCUGUAGGGGCUGAGAGAGUACGGGCUUAUAUCCAGAGUCUGCCACCGCGCCAGCCUCUGCCCUGGGAGACGGUGUACCCAGGAGCUGAUCGUCAGGCCCUCUCACUCUUGGGCCGCAUGCUGCGUUUCGAGCCGGGUUCCCGCAUCUCAGCAGCUGCUGCCCUGCGACACCCCUUUCUAGCCAAGUACCAUGACCCUGAUGAUGAGCCUGAUUGUGCCCCACCCUUUGACUUUGCCUUUGACCGUGAAGCCCUCACUCGGGAGCGCAUUAAGGAGGCUAUAGUGGCUGAGAUUGAGGACUUCCAUGCCCGGCGUGAGGGCAUCCGCCAGCAGAUCCGCUUCCAGCCUUCCCUGCAGCCUGUAGCCAGUGAGCCUGGCUGUUCUGACAUUGAGAUGCCCAGUCCUUGGGCACCUGGUGGGGACUGUGCCAUGGAGUCACCUCCACCAGCUCCACCAUCAUGCUCUGUACCCAACACCAUUGAUCUGACUGUCCAUCCAUCCUUGCCUGCCAGUGAGCUGGUCCCUCCAAAGAGAGAGGGUGCUAUCUCAGACAAUACCAAGGCAGCCCUGAAAGCCGCUCUCCUGAAGUCCCUGCGGAAUCGACUCAAAGAUGGCCCUAGUGUCUCUCUGGAGGUCCCUGAGCCUCGGAAACCAGUGACGGCUCAGGAGCGACAGCGGGAGCGGGAGGAAAAGAGGCGACGACGGCAGGAGCGGGCCAAAGAGCGGGAGAAGCGGCGGCAGGAGCGGGAACGAAAGGAGCGGGGAGCUGGGGCUACUGGUGCUCCCUCCACUGAUCCUCUGGCCGGGCUGGUGCUCAGUGAUAAUGAUCGCAGCCUGCUGGAGCGUUGGACUCGCAUGGCUCGGCCUCCAGCCCAGCCUGCCAGUUCUGCCACUGGCCCUGUAGCCCAGCCCAUUGAUCCCCCACCUCAACUUGCAGACUCUGUUCCUGGUCCUGUACUCCAGCCUGCCUGCCCACCCCCUGAGCCUACUUCGCACCCCACUGGCCCUUCUGAACCCAUCCCUGGCCCUGCUUUACUGCAGUCCACUUCUAGCCUCCUGGCUCCUCAGCUGCUUGUGCCACCCCCUGGGCUACCUGGCCACAGCACCUUGGGAGUCCUGCCUUACUUCCCAUCAUCUGGCCCACCCCCUUUAGAUCCUGGGGGGGUCCCUCAACUAUCCACCUCAGAGUCACCUGAUGUCAACCUGGUAACCCAGCAACUGUCCAAGUCGCAGGUGGAGGAUCCUCUACCCCCUGUGUUCUCAGGCACUCCAAAGGGCAGUGGAGCUGGCUAUGGUGUUGGCUUUGACCUGGAGGAGUUCUUGAACCAGUCUUUUGACAUGGGCAUGGCAGAUGGACCCCAGGAUGGCCAGGCGGACUCAGCCUCUCUGUCAGCCUCCCUGCUUGCUGACUGGCUAGAGGGUCAUGGCAUGAACCCCUCUGACAUCGAGUCACUGCAACGUGAGAUCCAGAUGGACUCCCCGAUGCUGCUGGCUGACCUUCCUGACCUCCAGGAGCCUUGA